AUGGUUCAGUUGGAUGUGGAAAAGGUCAUCUCUCAGCUUACUCUGGAUGAGAAGGUAGAUCUUACAGCUGGAAUCGACUUCUGGCACACGGCGCCUAUAGAGCGCCUUGGCAUCCCUUCAGUCCGUCUUUCAGAUGGGCCUAAUGGCAUUCGCGGAACCAAAUUCUUCAACGGUGUCCCGGCUGCGUGUCUCCCCUGUGCCACUGCUUUGGGUGCAACUUGGGACACGGAGUUACUGACCAAACUUGGCCAUCUGCUUGCUGACGAAUCAAGGGCCAAGGGCGUCCAUGUGAUCCUGGGACCUACCAUCAACAUCCAGCGGUCUCCGCUAGGUGGUCGGGGAUUCGAAUCAUUCUCCGAGGAUGGCGUUCUCUCGGGAACCCUGGCAGGUUAUUACUGCAAGGGUGUGCAGGAGAAGGGCGUCGGAGCAACCCUCAAGCAUUUUGUGUGUAAUGACCAAGAGCAUGAGAGGAUGGGCGUCAGUAGCAUUGUCACGCAGCGGGCAUUGCGAGAGAUCUAUCUGCUCCCGUUCCAGGUGGCCAUGAGCAUCUGUAAACCAACUUGCGUGAUGACUGCCUAUAAUAGAGUCAACGGGGCCCAUGCCAGCGAGAGAAAAGACCUUCUUGACGCAAUUCUACGGAAGGAAUGGGGAUGGGAUGGGUUGAUCAUGAGCGACUGGUACGGAACAUACAGCACAUCCGAAGCUGUCUUGGCUGGUCUGGAUCUGGAAAUGCCGGGCAAAACCAAAUGGCGUGGGCCGGCCCUCAUGCACGCCGUGUCGUUCAACAAAGUUCCCGAGUUCGUGUUGGAUGAUCGAGUGCGGAAUGUGUUGAAGUUGGUCAACUUCGCUGAACGGUCUGGGAUCCCUCAGAGUGCGGAAGAAACCACCCUCAAUCGGCCACAGGAUCAGACGCUUCUUAGACAGGCGGCUGCCCAAUCGGUGGUGCUCUUGAAGAACAAGGGAAAUAUUCUCCCGCUUGACAAGUCAAAGUCCAUUCUGGUAAUCGGUCCAAAUGCCAAAACGGCGGCUUACUGCGGCGGUGGAUCUGCUGCGCUACCCCCCUAUUAUGCUGUGACACCUUUCGAGGGUGUUUCGUCCAAGAGCAAGGGCGAAGUGCGAUUCUCCCAGGGUGUCUAUUCCCACGCAGAGCUCCCCUUACUCGGCCCGAUGUUGAAAACGGCCGAUGGGAAGACCGGGUUCAUAUUCCGUGCAUACAACGAACCACCAGGGGCCGCAAAUCGGGAAGCAGUUGACGAGGUACAUCUGAUCUCAUCGGCAUCUUUCCUUGCGGAUUAUGUAAAUCCAAAGAUCAAGUCCAUGACCUGGUAUGCAGAUAUGGAAGGCUUCUUCACGCCCGAAGAGGAUGGCAUAUACGAAUUUGGUGUGAUGGUAGCCGGCACGGGCAAACUUCUUAUUGACGAUGAAGUUGUGGUCGACAAUACCAAGAACCAGCGCCAGGGACCUGGUUUCUUUGGUUACGGCACCGUGGAAGAAAAAGGGUCCAAGGAGCUCAAGGCUGGGAACACCUACAGGGUUCUCUUCCAGUUUGGCAGCUCUCCGACCUCUGACCUGAAGAUCCCCAUCCAUGCAUUCGGUCCAGGCAUGUUCCGCUUUGGCGUCUGCCGCCGUGUUAGCCAGGAGGAAUUGAUCUCCAACGCUGUGGAACUAGCCUCCCAGUUCGACCAGGUGGCCAUUUUCGCGGGACUCAACAGCGACUGGGAAAAAGAAGGCCACGACCGGACUGACAUGGAUCUCCCUGCAGGAAGCGACGAGUUAAUCUCUCGGGUUCUGAAGGCCAACCCACGCACCGUGGUCGUCAUCCAGAGCGGCACGCCAGUCACUAUGCCAUGGGCUGAUGCAGCCGGUGCCCUCCUGCAAGCCUGGUAUGGCGGCAACGAAGCCGGCAACGGCAUUGCAGACAUUCUCUACGGUGACGAGAACCCGUCGGGCAAGCUCCCCUUGAGCUUCCCGGUGCGCCUGGAGGAUAAUCCAUCGUACCUGAACUUCCGAUCCGAACGAGGUCGAGUGCUUUACGGCGAAGACAUCUACGUCGGAUACCGGUACUACGAGAAGAGCAAGAGAGCGCCUCUCUUCCCCUUUGGCUAUGGAUUAUCGUACACAACGUUUGUCCGCUCGAACCUCUCCGUUGCUGUGUCGUCUCCCGAGGACCCCGGGAAACUCACCUCCGCCGAAAUGAUCACCGUGUCCCUAACAGUGAAGAACACGGGCAGCGUAGCAGGCGCAGAGACGGUUCAAGUGUGGGUUGUGCCUCCCGAAACGACUGUGAACCGACCCGUUCGAGAACUUAAGGGAUUUCAAAAGGUAUUCCUCCAGCCUGACGAGGAGAAGACGGUAGAGAUCAAUCUGGAGAAGAAGCGGGCGACCAGCUGGUGGGAUGAGCAGCGGGAGGCGUGGAUUUCCGAGAAGGGGGCGUACGGAGUGGAUGUUACGGGCACUGGUGACGGCGUGCUGCAGGGGAGCUUCCGGGUUGAGAACACGAGGUUCUGGCUGGGCCUGUGA